AUGACUGGCUCCGCUCCUAAAUAUACAUGGCUACCUUCCUUAUAUAACCAGAACGCCGCCUUUGCAUACUCUGAAGAAAGUACAAGGCCUGUAUUUGAGCUGCUCUCACCCAAACCCGGCGAACGUAUUGUAGACGGGAUCGUUGGAAAAUAUGGGCUAGUUUUGGGAAUAGAUUCAAGUGAAAACAUGCUUGAGAAAGCCGCAGCGAAUGGUGUUCAAAAUGUACUGUGUUGCGAUAUACAGAAGCUCGUGAUUCCAGAAAGGCUGGAAGGCCUUUUGGGAACGUUUGAUGCGGUAUAUACCAACGCCACACUUCACUGGUGCAACCAAGAUCCCUAUGGCGCUGUACGAGCUGUUAAAAUGCUUCUGAAACCUGGGGGGCGUUUUGUGGGCGAGUUAUGCGGACAUGGCACCGGGAUGGGUCUACGCGUUGUGAUUGCAAACGUGUUGAGGGGCCGGGGUAUCAAUACCCCCAAUCCAUGGUUACUUCCCAAGCCUGAAGAAUAUGCAAGUAUCCUUGAAGCGGAGGGCUUCAAAGUCGAACACAUAUCUCUGAACCCCCGUCUGGUUUCCCUCCCCGGGUCGAUGAUUGACUUUUUUCGUGCAGUCUAUAAAGUCGCAUUCCUCAAAGAUAUGUCAGACGAGGAAGCAGAAAAUGUCAUGCGAGAAAUCAGCAACAUGUGUGAGGUUGAUCAAAAGGACCAGAGUGGGAUGUGGUCCUAUCUGUACGUUCCAUUGAGAUUCCAAGCUAUUGCUCCAAUGUGA